GGCCGCCUCUGCGGGCCCGCCCUGCCCGGGAGGAAACGGGACAGCCGGGGACAAGCGGGGACAGCCCGGGAUACCCUCCCGCUGCCCUCGGGAGCGCCGCUCGGUAAACAAUGGAGCCAGACCUAAAAGUGAAUGAAGAUUUCAAAAGCCAGUUUAAGGCUUAUCAGGAACAACAGCAAAGAAGGCUGCAAAAUUUGAUGGAGAGGAAGAAGGAAAAGCAGAACAGCCAGAAGAACAGUGGCAGCACAAAGGAGGCUGUAAGAGCCCUGAGUGAUUUAAACCUGUUUAAAAGAGGACCUCCUCUAAAGGAAGAUGCCAGCAAAAGUUUGGUUGAGGCUGAGAAUGAGCAGCUGCAGAAUGAGCUGAGAGAGGUCCGGGAUGAGAACUGCAGGCUCUACAAACUGGUGUCAGAGAAAGACUUUGAAAUAAAGCAGCUCCAGAAAAGAGUGCAGGAGGAGAGGUUGGCUCUGUCAGGGGUGUCUGGUUUAGCUGGAGAUGUGGCAGCCACUAAAAUAGUUGAGUUGGCCAAAAAGAACCGUGAGAUGACUGCUGAGUUUGAGAGUGAGAGAGCCAGAGUGAAGCAGCUGAAUCACAAAGUCAAGGAGCUGGAGAGAGAACUACAGGCAGCCACAGAAAAAAUCCAUUCCCUUGGUGGUGAUGCUUCAGGAAUCAAGGAAUCAACUCUGAAAAUGCUGGAAGGAAACUUGGCUGAAAGUCCAGAGGUGAAAGCACUGCAAGAAAAAUUGAGCACAGCCAACGUCAAAGUGACGGAAUAUCGGAACCAGCUCCAGAAUGUGAAACAGGAGCUGAAGCUGACCCAAAAGGUUUUAUCCAGAGAAGUUGGGGAAGAUGUGAAUAUCCAAAGUCUCUUGACCAAUUCUGGCAGCUGGCGUGGACGAGCUCAGCAAAUUCUCCUUCUCCAAACCAGGGUUCAAGAGCUGGAGCAUAAAUUGAGUCACAACAAGAUCAGAGCUUCACUGCUUGAGGCAGAGGAGGGAUUUCUGGAGUUUGCUGAUCCAAGGAAGUUGUCAGUCCAAGAGAAGAACUUGCUGAAGAUUCGUAGCUUGGAAAAAGAGAAGAAGGAAUCCUUGGAGAAACUCACCGAGCAACACAAAACUCUCCAAAAAAGCCAUGAGGAAUUGAAGAAAAAACUUGAUGCCUCAAAAGCCAGGAAUCAAGUGUUGUGUGGAGAAGUGAAGAUGCUGAAGGAACAGAUUAAAACCUUGCUGGACAAAGGGAAACACGAUGAUGAGCUCAUAGAUGCCUUGCUGAGCCAGCAGAAGCAAAUGCAGGAGAUCUUAAAGGGCCUGAACUGGAAUCAGCAGAUGCAGCACCCAGGUCAGGUGCAGGACUGCCGGCUAGGCCAGCUCAGGAAGUUGGCGGCUGAAGGAGAAAGAACGAUUGAAACGCUGAUGAGCGAGACGAUUGAGAAACUCACACUUGGGGACAAGGCAAGCGCUGCUCAUCCACCACAACUUGAGGAAUCAGACAGCAGCAAGGCUGGAAGGACAAAAUUUUCCCGCACAGUGUCCACGAUGGGCCAUGAGCUCGUGGAGUCAGCAGCCACAGAGCCUUUCCUCCUCAGGGAUUCCAUCCCAUCUGGAAGGUUUGAUGGCACAGGCAGCUCGAGCUGGGAAGUGCUGAUGAAAAAGCUCACAGAGCAAAUGGCUGUGAGCCAGGCUGCUGAAGUGGACAGGAGUGAGUUCCUGAAGAUGUUGACUGAGCUGCAGGAAAGGAUGAGCGAAAGCAGCAACGAGAUCUCGGAAGCUGAGAAGUUUGAGGAGGAGCAGCAGAGGAGUGACUUCUUGGAUCCAGAGAGCAGCAGAGCUGCACAGAAAGCUGCCCUGAGGAAAGGAAAAGCCCAGCCAAGCCUCCCCUCGUGUGUGGGUGACAGAGAGGAGCUCCCUGCAGCCCUGCCCGAGCUGCCCCUGGAAUCUCAGGUGGAGGAGCUGAGCAUUGGGCCUGGGAUCCAGCUGGAUGAGAACAGGCUGAAGGCUGCUCUGGAGGUGACUGUGAGAAAGAGAGAGGAAGAUUUUAAGCUGUAUCAAGUGAUAGUGAAGCAAGUGAAGGAUAGGUUUUCACGGGUCAUUCAGUGGCACACACAAGGGAAGAGUUAAUCCAGAUAUUCCCUGUCCUUUGGGCUGCAGAGCAGGGAGAGAGCCCAGGCACCAGUGUCAUUUUGCAGCCUCAGAUCGUCUCAUUUCUUUAGCAUUUGCAGGAGAGGAUGAGAAACAGCUGAAAUAUAAAAAGUGAAGGUUUUAUGUGUCAACAAUUUGUGUCUGUGAGAGCUGGCAAGCAGGGCUGGUUGGUGCAGUUUGGGAAGCUGCAACUCUGCAGGGGGAUUUUGGGCAAAACUUCCCAGGUUUCAGCACAGUGCUUCCUGAGAGAGCUCAAUAUUCAAUCUGCUGCUGCCUUUAUCAGCUCAGGAAGGAAUUUGCUGUACAAAAGUUAGGCCAGCCCCCUUCCUUAGAACAAAACAAGCUCUGUUUUUAUCCCCACUCUGCUACCUGCCUGUCUCAGGCUUUCUGUAGCACUUCAGUGCUGAGGCACAGGGUUAGCCUGGCCUGGGUCUAUCUGCAAAUCAGCUUUGGGUGGGCUCCUAUCAGCAUUCCAACCUCUUUCUUUGCUUGAACAUACUGGCAGCAGUUUUCUGAAACUCCAGUGAGUUUCCACUGAUUACCCCUGCAAUGAGCCAACCUACCUUAAAUUCAGCUCUUUCCAUACAAAACUUGCCAUCCAGGUUAUGAAUUCCCUUUCUGGGUCUGUGCAUUCAUCCAUCCAGGCAGAUCUUGCUCUCUCUGGGAAGAAAUGCCACAAAAUGCAGGCAGGUCUUCACUGCAGCAGUGCUGGGAGUUCUGGAGCUGCUGCAAACCCUGGCAGCCCUGUCCUUCUCUCCUGCAGCACGGUGAGGACACAGAGUGCAAGCUAAUCAGGCAUUGCCAUGCAGCCUGCCAGUGCAGAGCAGCCUUGGGGAUUCCAGGCAAAUGGAGAGCCAGGCAUUUCUCUACAGUGCUGCUUUGUUUCUCACUUGAAAGUCUUGAAAGCUUUUCUUUUUCUGCUUUGCUUUGUCAGCCUCUUUUUAUGAGGCUGAAGUUUGUCAGUCUUUUUAACCCCAGUGCAAAGUGGAUUUGGGGGCAUGAAAAUCAGUGCUCCCUUCUCCAGCAUGGGGAUUUCAUCCUGACUGCCCUGUGCAGAGUGGAAAAAAGCAGAGCAGGAGUCAUUCCAGAUAUGCUGUCCCUGUCUUUAGGUUCAGAAAUGUCUCUCUUCAAGAAAUGUCUCUUUUCAAACAGUUCCUGGAGGAAGUCAGCUAGCUGGGGAUAAGCUCAGCACCUGGGAGUUCCCAGGGAAUUAACCCUCCCUGUGCUCACAAGGCUGCUCCACUCCCCCAGCACUGCCCUAGAGCUCAGCCAAGCUCUCAGAGGCCUCUCUCACAAAAAGCAGGACCAUUCAUUGCAGUAUUUUUGCUGCCAGUAGCAUCAGAGGAAAAAGCACCUUGCAACCCUCAAUCAUCUCUGGACAAUUUGAGGAAUAAAUCCUGGGCUGAGAGCGA